GAAAUCGAAUAUCACAAUCGGACUUGUGCUAAAGGUUUUCAACAAUCUUCAGUUUUAUUUCGUUUUCAUUUUGUUUUGAUGUAUUUCUUGGAAUCGAAGUUAUUAUUAUUUUAAAAUGUAUUUCUUAACUUCAUUAAAUGUUGUUUUUUUUUUUUUUUUUUUUUUUUUUGUUUUUUUUUUUUUUGUUUUUUUUUUUUCUUUUGUGUUUUUACCAAUCCGAUUUUUCGUGGAGUACUUAGCCAUUUUAAAGGGUUAUCACCCCCCCCCUAACCUCUUUCCCACAUCAGUUGUCUUGUAAAUUAAAUGACUUCAGAGUUUUUAUGUUUUUGGUUGAAGAAUUGUAUCAAAAUAUCUAAAGAACAACACGCGGGUCACUGCUGUCAGAAGUAGCACUAGGAAAUAACAAAACACAGAGUAUGGGCACACCUGAACAUAGGGUACAGGCACACCUUAACAUAGGGUACAGGCACACCUGAAAAUAGGGUACAGGCACACCUGAGCAUAGGAUACAGUGCAAAACUGAACAUAGGGUACAGGCACACCUGAAAAUAGGGUACAGGCACACCUGAGCAUAGGAUACAGUGCACACCUGAACAUAGGGUACAGUGCACACCUCAACAUAGGGGAGAUGUAUACCUUAACAUAAGGUACAUGUACACCUGAACAUAGGGUACAGGCAGGGCCGGCCUUAGGCCACUGCAACCUAUGCGACCGCAGUUUUUUUCUAAUACAAAAUCUUAAUUUUCACUUAAUAUCCUUUUCCCUACCCAGACUGGGCCCCGCGCAAUCCGUUUGGCAUAGGUCCCCGCAAUUGUUAGGGCCGGCCCUGGGUACAGGCACACUUGAACAUAGGUUACAGGCACACCUGAACAUAGGUUACAGGCACAUAUGAACAUAGGGUACAGGCAAAUAUGAACAUAGGGUACAGGCAUACUUGAACAUAGGGUACAGGCACAUAUGAACAUAGUUUACAGGCACACCUGAACAUAGGGUACAGGCACAUAUGAACAUAGGUUACAGGCACACCUGAACAUAGGUUACAGGCACAUAUGAACAUAGGGUACAGGCACACUUGAACAUAUGGUACGGGCACAGCUUAACAUAAAGUACAGGAACACAUGAACAUAGCGUACAUGCAUAUGUGAACAUAGGAUACAGGCACACCAGAACAAACGGUACAUGCACGCCUGAACAUAUGGUAAAUACACACAUGAACAUAGGGUACAUGCGCAGCGGAACAUAGGGUACUGGCAUAACUGAACAUAGGUUACAGGCAUACCUGAACAUAGGUUGCGGGCAUAUCUGAACAUAGGUUAUGUGCAUACCUGAACACAAGGUAUGGGCUUACCUGAACAUAGGUUGCGGGCAUUCAUGAACAUAGGUUACGGGCAUACCUGAACGUAAGUAACGGGCAUACCUGAACAUAGGUUACGGGCAUACUUGAACAUAGUUUACGGGCUUACCUGAUCAUAGGUUACGGGCACACAUGAAGAUCGGUUAAGGGCACACAUGAAAAUAGGUUACGGGCACACAUGAACAUAGGUUUUACGGGCACACAUGAAGAUCGGUUAAGGGCACACAUGAACAUAGGUUAAGGGCACACAUGAACAUAGGUUACGGGCACACAUGAACAUAGGUUACGGGCACAUAUGAACAUAGGUUACGGGCACACAUGAACAUAGGUUACGGGCACAUAUGAACAUAGGUUACGUGCACACAUGAACAUAGGUUACGGGCACACAUGGACAUAGGUUUUACGGGCACACAUGAACAUAGGUUACGGGCACACAUGAACAUAGGUUUUACGGGCACACAUGGACAUAUGUUUUACGGGCUCAUAUGAACAUAGGUUACGGGCACACAUGAACAUAGGUUACGGGUAUACAUGAACAUAGGUUACGGGCAUACAUGGACAUAGGUUUUAAAGGGUACACUUGAACAUAGGUUACGGGCACACAUGAACAUAGGUUUUACGGCACACAUGAACAUAGGUUAGGGGCACAAGUGAACAUAGGUUUUACGGGCACACUUGAACAUUGGUUACGGGCACACAUCAACAUAGGUUUUACGCGCACACAUGAACAUAGGUUACGGGCACACAUGAACAUAGGUUACGGGCACACAUGAACAUAGGUUACGGGCAUAAUAUAAAAUUAAUGUUGACCCACGAGACCCUGAAGGGAAGCCAUUAAGUUUAUAUAAAUUUAAUGUUAACCCAUGAGACGCUCUGAUGGGAAGCCAUAAGGUUUACACAAAUUUAAUGUUAACCAGUGAGGCGCUCUGAAAAGAAGCCAUAAAGUUUACAUAAAUUUAAUGUUAACCAGUGAGGCGCUCUGAAGAGAAGCCAUAGAGUUUACAUAAAUUUAAUAUUACCCAGUGAGGCGCUCUGAAGAGAAGCCAUAAAGUUUACAUUAAUCUAAUGUUAACCAGUGAGGCGCUCUGAAAAGAAGCCAUAAAGUUUACAUAAAUCUAAUGUUAACCAGUGAGGCGCUCUGAAGAGAAGCCAUAAAGUUUACAUAAAUCUAAUGUUAACCAGUGUGGCGCUCUGAAGGGAAGCCAUAAAUUGUACAUAAAUUUAAUGUUAACCAGUGAGGCGCUCUGAAGAGACGCCAUAAAGUUUACAUAAAUUUAAUAUUAACCAGUGAGGCACUCUGAAGAGAAGCCAUAAAGUUUACAUAAAUCUAAUGAUAACCAGUAAGGUGCUCUGAAGAUAAGCCAUAAAGUUUACAUAAAUCUAAUGUUAACCAGUGAGGUGCUCUGAAGAGAAGCCAUAACGUUCACAUAAAUUUAAUAUUAACCUGUGAGGCGCUCUGAAGAGAAGUCAUAGAGUUUACAUAAAUCUAAUAUUAACCAGUGAGGUGCUCUGAAGAUAAGCCAUAAAGUUUACAUAAAUUUAAAAUUAACCAGUGAGGCGCUCUGAAGAGAAGCCAUAAAGUUUACAUAAAUCUAAUGUUAACCAGUGAGGUGCUCUGACGGGAAGCCAUAAAGUUUACAUAAAUCUAAUGUUAACCAGUGAGGCGCUCUGAAGAGAAGCCAUAAAGUUUACAUAAAUCUAAUGUUAACCAGUGAGGCGCUCUGAAGAGAAGCCAUAAAGUUUACAUAAAUCUAGUGUUACCCAGUGAGGCGCUCUGAAGAGAAGCCAUUAAGUUUACAUAAAUUUAAUGUUAACCCAUGAGACGCUCUGAAGAGAUGCCAUAAAGUUUACAUAAAUUUAAUGUCGACCAGUGAGACGCUCUAAGAGAAGCCAUAAAGUUUACAUAAAUCUAAUGUUAACCAGUGAGGCGCUCUGAAGAGAAGCCAUAAAGUUUACAUAAAUCUCAUGUUAACCAGUGAGGCGCUCUGAAGAGAAGCCAUAAAGUUUACAUAAAUCUCAUGUUAACCAAUGAGGCGCACUGAAGAGAAAGCGUAACGUUUAUAUAAGUUUUAAGAUCCGUUUCAAAUGAUGCCAUUUGAAGAACGAGUAAUUAAUACAUGUCUCUGUCAUUUUAGUUCACGGCGGCUGGGGUAACUGGCUACAGUGGACUUGUGAGUCCUACGAUAAAAGCGUUUCCGAGAAAAGACGAAGGUAAAUAAAUAUGUACGCCUUUAUUUUUAAAUAGGGAAAUUCAACAAAAAGGGGACAGUAUCCUAAACGUGAUUCUGGGACUUUUAAACAUUUUAAUCAUUUUUUUAUUUUUAAAAAAAAAAAUGUAAAAAAUAAAAAUUGGUUUUGGGGAUAGGGUUGGGGUCAAUAAGUUGCUGGCUUGUUUAAGGUUGAGUAAUUAAUAAUGUUAAAACUUUACCACACGAGAAGCCAAGCAAAUGUAUCAAUGCUGAAUGGGUUACAAUGAGUUUUCUGUGACGCAGUUCCAUACGUUCUAGCAAGCAGUUAGCACUUACUUUACAACACUUAUUAUACAACCAUGGAGCCAUGGAGUGAUUGUAGACGUAGUCAAACAUUUAAAGUCUUGUCUUGUUUUUUGUUUGACCUACCAGAUUUAACAAACCAUCACUAUUUAAAUGAUACGAGCUUCACAUCAGUCCUCGUUGAACUAAAUUCACUUUUAGUCCUCAAUGAACUAGCUUCACUUUUAGUCCUCGUUAAGCUAACUUCACUUUUAGUCCUCAUUGAACUAGCUUCACUUUUAGUCCUCGUUGAAAUAGCUUCAUAUCAGUCCUCAUUAAACUAGCUUCUUGUUUAGUCCUCGUUGAAAUAGAUUCACGUUUUGUCAUGAUUGAUCUUACCGUGGCAAAUUGUCUUGAAAUUCGAUGGGAUGAUUUUCUGUCUUUAUUUUCCGAUGUAUCAUGUGUUGUUAUUGUCAGAUACCAUGACAACAAAUUUAUUUGACAGGGAAUGUGACAAUCCCACUCCGGAGUUCAAAGGGAAUUACUGUAAAGGCAUAGACGAGCAGUUUGGAAAUAAAACUUGUGAACCAGGUCUCAGAAAUUCUUAUCUUUUAAUAUUUCUUUUUAUGUUUGGUAUUCUUGUUUUGUUACGUUAAAUCUGGAUUUUGCUCAGAAGACCUGGUGUCAAUUUUUUUUUUAAAUUAUCCUCUCAAAAUAAAUUAGUGCGAUCUACUAAUUCGUUCGUCAAACAUUUAACCAGGUAUUCGUUCUUUAAGUUACAAUUUUUUGUGUUGUCUUGUUUUGGACCCUGAUUGUGAUCCUCGGUAGAAUGUUGUGUUGUUUGUCUUGUCUUAGACCAUGAUACUGAGAUGCUCAGUAGAAUGUUGUGUUUUUUGUCUUGCCUUAGACCAUGAUACUGAGAUGCUCAGUAGAAUGUUGUGUUGUUUGUCUUGUCUUAGACCAUGAUACUGAGAUGCUCGGUAGAAUGUUAUGUUGUAUUGUCAUCGGCAGAGAUGCUAGUGGAAAUUUCAGGUGUACCGUGACCUGUUUAUAAAUAAUCAUUAAGAUUUUAGCUAUUACAAAAUAUUAAUCAUGACGAAUGCUCCAGUUUUUUCUAAUCUAAAUACACUUCAAUAGAGGUGACCACAUGGAUUCGGGAUAUUUUGUUAUUACCACCAUUGUUUCUUGUACAACCUAACACGGGGUGAGGGGGGGGGAGGGGGAGGAGGGGGGAGGGGGGAGUUAGGAAACAGAUCAAACGGAUCCAUACUUAGGGAUCUUGACACUCAUAUGACAUGGAUGUCAUUUGGUCAUUCGCUUCAUCAACCUUUUCUCCGCACUCUCCUCGCUGCGGCCAAUCGCAGACGAUCUAAAUGUUGCUCUCUUCCGUCCAUUUGUGCCUGUAUUUAAUAUCACACCUACUUACAUUCUGUCCCAUUCCUCUUGCUGUCUUCUCACCUUGUUAUGUUCUGUCACAUUCCUCUUGCUGUCUUCUCACCUACUUAUGUUCUGUCACAUUACUCACGCUUUCCUCUCACCUACUUGUGUUCUGUCACAUUCCCCUUGCUGUCCUACUUGUGUUCUGUCACAUUCCUCUUGCUGUCCUCUCACCUACUUGUGUUCUGUCACAUUCCCCUGCUGUCCUCUCACCUACUUAUGUUGUGUCACACUCUUCUUGUUGUCCUCUCGGGUACUACUUCAUUGCAGCUGUUUUUGUUAAAUUCUUUUAUUGUUUUUACUGUUGUUGAUUCACCGAAGAAGGCUUCUUGCCGACACUUUUGUCGUUUUGUUGCGUUCUUUUUCCCUAGGGUUCCCCAUUCUUUGUUUCGCUCAUUUGUUAUAUUCACCUCUCUACUGUUUCUUUGCUCUCAUCGUAUUUCUUUCUAUCAACAGCAUCUGAAUAUCUCUUUUUUAAAAAAGGUUUUAUAUAACUUAGCAUCCGUUAGUUUCAGCGUUAACGUAGGGAAUAAAAGUAAAUAAUUCAUGGACAAAAGAAAUCUUAUGAUUGCUUUUUUUAAUCUAUCAAUUACCUUUAUUGUAGUUGCCCUGCACCGAAAGUGCCGUGAUAGCAUAUAUCAAACAGUGCUCUCCAGCGGGGAACCGCCCACAUCCCUAUGUCCUACGCUAUUUAAAAAUAGGCCUGUUUAUGUUACAUGAAUAAUUUAACCUCCCCCCCUAACCCCCCUUUUUUUUCUUCCGAUGUUAGCGCUUGGGGUAGACCGCUAACUUUCCUUUCGCUCUUGGAACUUUUCCAUUAUAAAAAGGUGUAUAAGAAUUAAUUUAGGAUUUUUUUAAAAAAAGGAGAUUGCCAUACGGGUCUACAAACCCUUUCUCUUUCUUCGCACAGCCCAGUUAAGAGGUGCUAACAUACAAGAUAACUUCAUAAGUUUAAUCAGAUAAAUGCUCAAUUUGUGCAAAGAUUGCUAAAUAUUUUGUCGCAGAUCGCUGAAAAUAUUCAUCAAAUAAAACGAGUUGCAGCGGAAAGUUCUCAACACCUUGACAGAGUCUUCAGUUUGACAAGGGCAAUCCUUUAAUUGAAUUCAUACCUUUAGGAUUAAGAGCCAAAGUCUUUCCUUUUACAGGGGCCAUUCUUUCAUUGCGUUUUUACCUUUAGGAUUCAAUGCAUAAUUGUGUGCUCUUUUGUUUUUUUUGUUUUUUUUUAGUCAAUGGCGGCUGGGGAGAAUGGAGUGAAUGGUCUUGUGUGUCUAACUGGUUACAGACGAACAAAAGGUAAAAUGCAGUUAGAUAGACUUUAAUGAACACUUCUACUGCCAGGUGAAUUAUUGCUUCGGUGUCGGAUCGUGUACCUCCACAUCAUAGCCUACCCGUUCUCCUCCCACAUUCCUCUAACGCUCCUCUGACUCCCCCCCUCCGCUUUCCUCUCACCCUCCACUGACUCUCCUCCCGCUUUCUUGUCACCCUCCUUUGACUCUCCAUCCGAUUUCCUCUUACACUGACUCUCUUCCCACUUUGCUCUCACUCUCCUUCCCCAUUCUUCUCACUCUGAUACCGCAUUUCUUCCACUGUCCUCCCACUGUCCUCCAACUCUUAUAACUCAACUCACCGGAGUAGAACUUCACUUGAUUUUACAUUAAAUAACACGAUAAACACAACUUUACUUUUAUCAUCACACACACACACCUAGUUAUAUAUAUAUAUAAACAUAUAUAUCAAAGUAUAAUUCAUAAAGAAAUUGAUAGGAGUCGUAUCUUGUAUGCUAGCAUUAUGAAAUCUUUGAUAAUUCGCCCAUAAAGUGUGUAGCCAUCCCGAUAAGUCGAAUGUUGACCACUCAAUACUUAAUGUAUUUAUUCAUUUUUUCCAUUGAACUGCCAGUGUUACCACAUGGUGUCAGAUCUAAUAUUCUAAAAAAAUAAUAAAUUCCAGGUAUUGCGACAAGCCCAGGCCUAGGAACAACGGAGCAUUUUGUCAGGGAUCAGCCAAUAGUUCGCGAGCCGCAAAGUGCGCUCCACCGGGUAGGCCUACUCAGUGA